CAACAACCACCAAGUCCCAGCACGAUUUUGAUCAUAUAUUUAACAUCAAAUUUUAAAUGUCAUACAUUCUGCCACAGAUUUUUACCACACAGUAAAAUAAUUUCAAUUGAAAACAAAUUUUAAGCCAAAUCUCAUUUAGGAAGAGACCGAUGUUGGAGGGAAGCUUUUGCCAAAAGUUAGAUUAAAAGCAGGCUACCGGAUACGUUCACAGCGACGAUUUUUAAUGAUUUCCCUUUUUUUCCCUCUCCUCUCCUCCCCUUCUCUUUUGAAAACCCCUCCGCGCUACAGCUAACAUUUCUCUCUACCAUUUUUAAUUCAACCUCUGAUUGCAAACCCUAAAUUUCCAGAUUAACUGAGGGAGAAGUAAAAGCGAAUAGGACAAGCAAAAUGCCGAGAGAGAUCAUCACACUGCAAGUCGGACAGUGCGGGAACCAGAUAGGGAUGGAGUUCUGGAAGCAACUUUGCCUCGAGCAUGGUAUCAGCAAAGAAGGCAUUCUUGAGGAUUUCGCUACUCAGGGAGGUGACAGAAAAGAUGUGUUUUUCUAUCAAGCUGAUGAUCAACAUUAUAUCCCACGGGCUUUGCUGAUAGAUUUGGAGCCCAGAGUAAUCAACGGAAUUCAAAAUAGUGAAUAUCGGAAUCUCUAUAAUCACGAAAACAUAUUUGUCUCAGAUCAUGGCGGUGGUGCUGGCAAUAAUUGGGCAAAUGGUUAUGAUCAGGGAAAGGGUGUAGAAGAGGAAAUAAUGGACAUGAUAGAUCGGGAGGCUGAUGGAAGUGAUAGUCUUGAGGGUUUUGUUCUGUGCCAUUCAAUUGCUGGAGGAACAGGAUCAGGCAUGGGUUCAUACCUGCUGGAGAUGAAUGAUCGAUACAAAAAACUGGUCCAGACAUACAGUGUCUUCCUUAAUCAGAUGGUGACAAGUGAUGUUGUUGUGCAGCCCUAUAACUCACUAUUGACACUGAAGAGAAUGACAAUAAAUGCUGAUUGAAGUGUUGUUCUUGAUAAUACUGCAUUGAAUAGAAUUGCUGUGGAGCGCCUACAUCUGAAAAAUCCUACAUUUGGUCAAACAAAUUCUUUGGUGUCUACUGUAAUGUCCGCAAGCACAACUACUCUACGAUAUCCAGGAUACAUGAACAAUGAUCUGGUUGGCCUACUUGCAUCUUUAAUUCCAACACCAAGGUGUCAUUUUCUUAUGACUGGAUAUACUCCACUCACAGUGGAGUGCCAGGCUAAUGUAAUCCGUAAAACUACUGUAUUGGAUGUUAUGAGGAGACUUCUACAGACAAAGAAUAUUAUGGUUUCUUCUUACGCUCGGACAAAGGAAGCUAGUCAAGCAAAGUAUAUUUCAAUAUUGAAUAUCAUUCAAGGAGAAGUGGACCCUACACAAGUGCAUGAGAGUUUGCAGAGGAUACGUGAAAGAAAGCUAGUGAAUUUUAUUGAGUGGGGCCCUGCAAGUAUCCAGGUUGCACUCUCAAAAAAAUCGCCUUAUGUCCAGACUGCUCAUAGGGUUAGCGGUCUCAUGCUUGCAAGUCAUACCAGCAUCCGACAUCUUUUCAGCAAAUGCCUGAGCCAGUAUGAGAAGUUGAGAAAGAAGCAAGCUUUUCUUGAAAACUAUCGGAAGUUUCCAAUGUUUGCUGACAAUGAUCUUUCGGAGUUUGAUGAAUCAAGGGAUAUACUAGAGAGUUUGGUUGAUGAAUACAAGGCUUGUGAGUCUCCAGAUUACAUCAAAUGGGGAAUGGAGGAUCCAGACCACAUUCUAACUGGAGAAGGGAAUGCUGCAGGAACAGUGGAUCCAAAGUUGGCAGUUUGAACAGAAACCCUCAUGGUCAGCAAAAUGACCGGUUUGAAACUUUGCGCAUUGCAAGGUGCAGCAGUCACUGUCUCAUUGAUGCUUAGAUAGCACUGGAGUGAGGACUGUAAGUAAAUGAAUAAAGAUUUCUGUUGGAACGUUUUUUACUUUUUUUUUUUUUAAUGAGAUGUUAAAUGGUUUGUAGUUGGUGGCGAUCUUUUGUGUUGUGUGAAGCUUGGUUUGUGUAUUAUUAUUAUUUUGUUUAAGGUUUUGGUACUUCCUCUGAGGCAAUAGAAUUCAGAAUCCAUUGUUGAAAUCAGCCGGAAUACCUUGGCUCUGGGGAAUUGGGAAAGACAAUUGCAACACCAAUUUACCAGCUCUUUUGCCUAGAAGUCAUGAUCAUUUCUACAGAUUCUGUUGCAUCCUUUUGGGGAAAGAAUUACAAUUAGUAACUCUGAGAACUAAUUCCCCAUACCGUCAUCACACAUGUUUUCUCUCCAACAUACCAUGUGUUGUAGUGAGCAGCACACUGCAUUGUUGCAUCCGAAAGUUCUGAUAAGAGUAGUUCAUUCUUAAUUCUUUCUUAUAAUGGCUGAUGUAAUCGUUGUACACUUUGGAGAAUCCUAUAUUUACCAUAAAUAUUCUUGCAAUUUCUCGUUGCUAUUAUUCAA